ACGACCGGACCGAGUAUUCAGUGUUCAGUUUUGAAGGAAGAAAGGUCGAAGGCGGCAUUUCACGCGCGGUCUUAUUCGCUCGUUCAGUUUUCAUUUCCGUAUAGAAAUUCGCGUGGAUUUUAAAGGGAAAUUCGCGAGAAAAUGCGAAGGUGUACAGUUUUGUUGAUGUGCCUAGCGGCCCUUGCAGCCGUACAAUGUGAAGUUUACUACGAGGAAAAUUUCAAAGACGAUUCGUGGGAGAAGGAAUGGAUCUACAGUAAACACCCUGGCAAAGAGUUUGGAAAGUUUGUCAGAACUGCUGGAAAGUUCUAUAAUGAUGCAGAUGCAGAUAAAGGUAUCCAGACCUCUGAAGAUGCCCGAUUCUACGCACUGUCACACAAAUUUUCACCAUUCAGCAACAAAGACAAACCACUCGUUAUCCAAUUCUCUGUGAAACACGAACAGAAUAUCGACUGUGGCGGCGGUUAUGUCAAAGUAUUCGAUUGUUCUUUGGACCAAACUGACAUGCAUGGUGAAAGCCCCUAUGAAAUUAUGUUUGGCCCUGAUAUUUGUGGACCGGGUACCAAGAAAGUUCACGUUAUCUUCAGUUACAAGGGCAAAAAUCAUUUGAUCAAUAAGGAAAUCAGAUGCAAAGAUGAUAUCUACACUCACUUCUACACAUUGAUUGUUAAACCUGACAACACAUAUGAGGUAUUGAUUGAUAACGAAAAAGUCGAGUCCGGUAAUUUGGAAGAUGAUUGGGACUUUUUGCCACCAAAGAAGAUUAAGGAUCCAGAAGCUAAGAAACCAGAAGACUGGGAUGAAAGGGCUACAAUUCCCGACCCAGAUGACAAGAAACCUGAAGAUUGGGAUAAACCAGAACACAUCCCGGAUCCAGAUGCCACCAAGCCUGAAGAUUGGGAUGACGAAAUGGACGGUGAAUGGGAACCACCAAUGAUCGAUAAUCCAGAAUACAAGGGUGAAUGGCAACCCAAACAAAUUGACAAUCCCAACUACAAAGGCAUUUGGAAGCAUCCCGAAAUUGAUAAUCCUGAAUAUACCGCAGAUGAUAACUUGUACUUGCGUAAAGAACUCUGUACCAUUGGCUUUGAUUUGUGGCAAGUCAAGUCAGGCACUAUUUUCGACAAUGUCCUCAUCACCGACGAUGUCGACUACGCUUCCAAACUUGCUGGCAAUGCUAAAACAGUCCAGGACGGUGAAAAGAAAAUGAAAGAUGCUCAAGAUGAGGAAGAAAGGAAGAAGGCCGCCGAAGAAUCAAAGAAGGACGAUGAUGACGAUGAGGACAAGGACGACGAAGAUAAAGACGAUGACGACAAUACCGGCGACGGUGAGGCAGAAGAGGCAGAGCACGAUGAACUGUAAUUGAAAUGCAAUGAUUAGAAUAAGAUCUCUCCAUGCUAGGAUUUAGCAGUGUGUUUCUUCUUCGUUGAAUCAGGAAACCAAACCUUUAUAAAUUUUUUCAUUCAAAUAUCUGAGGGCUUAAAACUGGAAACAUUUGCAAAACACAUGAGAGUUUUUUAGAGUUUACUGAACACCAAUCUCAUUUAACCGUUUGUUGCUCUAAGGGCUUGGAGGUACUAUCUUUCUUCCUGAACAAUAUUAAGGGAAAAAUAUACAUUUUUGUAUAUUUCUAUUUAAAAUAGUAGUAUGUACAAACGAAUCAAACAAUAGAAAAAGUAUAUGGAUAUUUUCUACGAUUGGCACACUUUAUGGUUUCUCCCAUCUUUAUAGUGAUUAUUUAUAUAUAUAAUGAUUCUUUUUGUUGAACACAUAAAUUCAGUUUAUCGCCGGAAAAAGCAACUCGCCAUAAACAAAAAAAUUGUCUUCUUUUUCUAUGAAAAAUUAGUGGUUUUAUACUACUGAAAACUAGUUGUUCGUUCAUUGAAUGAAGAGAGUUGUUUGUUUUUGUGUUCUAAACAAGCACUUCUAUGAAACAGCAAAAAGAAGGAUAUAUGUAUAUGUGAAUGUUUUUGUCAUUUCACUAGUUUUAAAGGAAUUUUUGUAUGACUGAUAUAAUAAAUAAUAACAUGUUUUAGAUGUAAUUUGUACCUACGAUGCGAGUCUGGAAGUGAUACAAUCAAAUAAAAAAAAUACAUAAGUUGAA